GGCUCUGACCACAGGACAGAGAAGCCACCCUGCUUCCAUGAGGUUAAUCCCAUUGUUUCCAGAGAUGGAGAUCUGUUGAUUGGCAUCUUUUUAUCCUUAUUCUCAGUUGAAGUAAACAGAGUAACAGGAGCAGAAUUGUUUGAAAACCCUCCUAAUCUAGUUUGUAAGCCUUAUCAGUGGCUACACAAAAAUUACCAGCAGGCUCUGGCUAUAAUGUUUGCUGUAGAGGAGAUUAACAGGGAUCCCAAUCUGUUGCCCAACAUUUCCCUGGGAUUCCACAUCUACAACACUUACCACAGUGAUGAGAGAACCUUGGAGAGCUCCCUAAGGUGGCUCUCUGGUCAGGGCCAGCCCAUACCUAACUAUAACUGCAGGGAGCAGGAAAAUUCUGUGGCUAUUAUUGGGGGAGGCACAUCAGCUCUGUCUGUCCAAAUGGAGACCCUGUUUGACCUCUACAAGUUUCCACAGAUCAGCUAUGGUCCAUUUGAUUCCAUUCUCAGUGACAAGGUCCAGUUUCCUUCCCUCUAUCAGAUGGCUCCCAAGGACUCUUCUCUUUAUCAAGGUGUUGUUCAUUUAAUGGUAUAUUUUAAAUGGAACUGGAUAGGUCUGAUUGUAACAGAUGAUAUGAGAGGAGAGGAUUUCCUCUGGGAAAUAAGAAGGGAAAUGGUAAAGAACGGUGUUUGUGUGUCCUUCACCGAGAAGAUCCCUGUCAGUGAAAGAAGACAUGUGGAAUCACAGGACGCAUUUAUUCCCAGGAUCUUAUCAUCAUCAACAAGGGUGAUUGUCAUCCAUGGUGACACAGACUCAUUAAUGAUUCUGAGACACUCACAAAUUCCUCUUAUACUUCCCAUUAUAACAUGGAAGGUAUGGAUUGCCUCAUCUCACUGGGACAUUACCAUGAGAUAUUUUUAUCAUCAUGGUUAUACUUUCAAUGGGGCUCUCACAUUUUCUUAUUUGACAAAUGAAAUUCCUGGGUUCAAGACUUUUCUUAAGACAAUUAAACCCUCACAAUACCCAGAUGACAUUUUACUUAGAGAAUUCUGGCUCUCUACUUUUAGUUGCUCAAAUCAACCUGUUAACUUAGAACAAAAGAUUUGUUCACCAAAUGCUUCUUUGGAGAUUUUGCCUCUGUGCUUUUUUGAUAUGACCAUAUCUGGUUUGAGUUACACCAUCUACAAUACUGUUUAUGCUGUGGCUUGGGCUCUCCAUGAAAUAUUUAGGAGAAAAAUAGAGAAAAAAUCAAAGAGAGAUGAAGAAUACAGAGUAUUCCAUUCUUGGCAGCUGCACUCUUCCCUGAAGAACACCCAAUUUCAGAACAGUGCUGGGGACCAGGUGUUUGUGGAUGAGAAAAGAAGAUCUGAGGCUCAGUAUGCCAUUAUGAACUAUGUGUUCUUUCCAAAUGAGACUGACGCUCUGGUGAAAGUGGGCCAGUUUGUCCCCAAGAGUCCCCUUGGUCAAGAUUUCACAAUUUGUGAGGAUGCCAUAGUGUGGAGCAGUUCCUGGGAUUCAAAGGUUCCCUGUGGAGUUUGCAGUGACAGUUGUGUUCCUGGAUUCAGGAAGACCCCUUUGGAGGGAGAGUCUGUCUGCUGCUUUGACUGCUUCCCAUGCCCAGAAGGGGAGAUAUCUAGUCAGAUGAAUGCAGAGCAUUGUAUGAAGUGCCCAGAUGUUGAAUAUCCAAAUAGAGAGAGAGAUCGCUGCAUCCCUAAGACUAUUACCUUCCUGAAUGCAAAAGAUCCUUUGGGGAUGACUUUGGCUCUACUGGCUGUUUUUUUCUCUUUACUGACUGCCUUGGUUCUGUGGGUCUUUGUGAAGUUCCAAGACACUCCCAUAGUCAAAGCCAAUAACAGGACUCUCAGCUAUACUCUCCUCAUCUCUCUUACCUUCUGUUUCCUCUGCUCCCUGCUCUUCAUUGGCCAUCCUACCCCUGCCACCUGUCUCCUCCAACAAACAGUAUUUGCAGUUGUCUUCACAGUGGCUGUUUCCUCCAUUUUGGCCAAAACUGUAAUAGUGGUUCUGGCUUUCAGAAGUAUAAAACCAGGAAGCAGGAUCCGCAUGUUCAUUCAGCCCAGAGUGUCCAUCUAUAUUGUUCUCAUCUGCUCUGGAAUUCAAGUGAUUUUCUGUGGCAUUUGGUUGGUAACUUCUCCCCCCUUUCCAGAGGCAGACACACACUCUGAAUACGGCCACAUAAUCAUUAGAUGUAGCGAGGGCUCUACCUUUGCAUUUUACAGUGUCCUGGGCUAUGUGGCCCUUCUAGCCCUGGGGAGCUUCACUGUGGCUUUCCUGGCCAGAAACCUGCCUGAUACCUUCAAUGAAGCCAAGUUCAUCACUUUCAGCAUGCUGGUGUUUUGCAGUGUCUGGGCCUCUUUUCUGCCCACCUACCAGAGCACCAAAGGGAAGGCCAUGGUGGCUGUGGAGAUCUUCUCCAUCCUGGCCUCCAGUGCUGGGUUACUGGGCUGCAUUUUCAUUCCCAAAUGUUAUAUCAUCCUCCUGAAGCCAGACAGAAAUACCCAGGAAAAAAAGUUAAAAAAUAAACAAGUUUUCAAAGGCAAGGUUUUUCCUCGAACCCAGUCUUAUACUUCCAGUUCUUGGAAUAUUAGGUUGGAAGAAUAA